GCUGCCGGCGCGAGGGGUUCCCCAGCCCGCCGCCCAGCCUGUGGUCCACGGAUAUUAUUAAGUGAAAAAAAACAUUGAAAAUGUCUCAGGAUCCUGAUAUUCCACAUACAAGUGAAGAAAAAUCAAGUGAUUCAGAGGAUAUCCAAGAGGACAGCUUGAACAACCCAGAUCAAUCUAUGAGAGAAAGGAUACGACAAAGUACCUCAAGUCCACACAGAUGCAACAGAGCUCAAUCUAGUCCCCCUCGGCUUGUGUCGAUGGAAGAGCUGAUGGAAACAGCAAAAGGAGUUUCCAAUAUGGCAUUAGCACAUAAAAUUGUAGUCAAUGGAGGCUUCCAGAUUAAACCAGCUGAAUUACCAGAAGGCAGCCUGGAGAAAACUGUAAAAGAGAUUGUACAUAAAGCUUUUUGGGACUGUCUGGAAGCCCAGUUAAGCGAAGAUCCACCAACAUAUGAUCAAUCAAUUAAACUUGUGGGGGAGAUUAAAGAGGCUCUUCUAUCUUUCUUAUUGCCUGGUCAUACUAGAUUAAGAAAUCAGAUUACUGAAGUUCUGGAUCUGGAUCUGAUAAAGCAGGAGGCCGUGAAUGGGGCCCUGGAUAUUUCUAAGCUGGCAGAAUUCAUCAUCGGAAUGAUGGGGACCCUUUGUGCUCCAGUUAGAGAUGAGGAAAUUAAGAAACUGAAAGACAUUCAUGAAAUAGUCCCACUAUUCAGAGCAAUUUUCUCUGUAUUAGACUUAAUGAAAAUGGACAUGGCUAACUUUGCUGUCAGUAGCAUUAGGCCGCAUUUAAUGCAACAAUCUGUUGAAUACGAAAGAGAGAAGUUUCAGAAGAUUUUUGAGAAACAGCCAAAUUCUCUAGACUUUGUCACCGACUGGCUGCAAGAAGCAUCAGAUGAUCUUGCCAAUUUGAGGUGUAAAAAUCCACCUUCCCCUGGUGUUGGUGCUGCUGCUAGUGGAGUUCCUGUAUUGUGUCCUGCUGCUGUACAGAAUUGGGCAUAUCUAAAGCUGCUUAAGUGGGAUCAUGUGCACAGGCCUUUCCCAGAAACAUUGUUAAUGGACCACACCCGCUUUCAGGAAAUGCAGCUGGAGCUGGAACAGCUCACCUUGACUGGUUCUAUCCUCCUGGUCAUGUUCAAUGUGGCAGGUGCAGCACUUUCCAAUCUGCCAGGGUUUGCUGACAAAAUCAAAACCAUUAUAAAGGUGUUGUUGACGGGAAUGCACCUUCCCUCCUUUAACCUGAGUGAAUCUUUGGCUACUGUUGGUGAGAAGGUCUGUGCUGAAGUUAAUAGCUGUCUUUCCCAACAUGGAUUCACGCCAUUCACAACUGAGAAAGAGAUUGCGCUUAAAGGACAGAUCCAGACAUUGGGAAACUCUGACAACACCAUAUGCAAGUUGAUAGAUUCUCGAAUCCAGACAUUUUUGGAGAGCUAUCUGACUUCUGGUCAUCAGAAAUCGUUUCCUGCUAUUCCUGGGGGAUUAGGCCCUAUUCAAAGAGAGAUGGAAGAAAUUGCUGUCAAGUAUGUUCGCCUUGUCAACUAUAACAAGAUGGUGUUCAGCCCGUACUAUGAUGUCAUCCUCAGCAAACUACUGAAUAAGGAAGAAUCCCAAUUGUUAGGGUAGUCAGAAGAAUCAUCAUACCAGUUUGUAUGCUAUCUAGAUAGUGUUAAUUUUGUCUGCUAAAAAAAAUUGCAAUUAACUUGGCUUUGGAAAAUGGCAUUCCAUUAAAACAUAGUUUUAUUACUGUAACUCAAUAGCACUGAUUCUGAAGGGGAAAAUUAUGUAUAAGUUGGGAUAGGCGCUUUGAAUUAAAUGGUAAAUAGAUGCAUUUUUAGCAUAAGUAUUCAUGCUGAAGAUAUGUUUGUUAAUUUUAUGGCUGUAGUUUUUGCUACUGAGCAGAUGUUAGAUAAGACUAAACAAUUGUACAACCAGACUUCAUUUUUAAAUUGCUGAUUUUGUGGGAGGCUUUUUGUAGCAUUCUAACUCUCCAAUUUACCAUGAAGUUAGUGUAUGCAUUCAUCUAGCGAAGAUUAGCAAAAGUCUCUUCCAUACUGAGUGAUUUGGCCUUCUGAAAUCCUAUUUUAACAACUGAAGAAAUAAUUUAAAAUUUGAGAUGUAAGAAACUUGAAUAAUGGUGGUUAAGAGCAGGCCCAAACAUAGCACUUUAUUGUAAUAGUAUAAGGCUACUAGUCUUUCUGCUAAUCACAUUUUCUAUAGCAAUUUUUGCUCUCUCUCUGCAAAUAAGUUACCAAAAACAUGAUAUAAUUAUAUUUUGUAGUGAAAUUUCUGGUUAUCAAAUAACUGUCUUCUACUAUGUACAGUGUUACAAGGGUGACAGUCUAUAAGAUUGCAGCUGGUUUUAUCUCUUUGUAAAACUUUCAGGUGGGCCAAGAGAGAAAUGUUUUGAUAAGAGUGGCAUUUCUUGCCUUUCUUUUGCUGGUAGUUGACUCCUUUUUAUGUGAAAUACUAAUUUAAAAAAGUAAACAUUUUAACAUUUUCAGAAGAUGCAUAAAGACCUAUGCAUUGAAUUUCAGGCUUGAGGAAAUUUC